CUGCAGUUCAGCCAGCCCUCUGCCCUCUCCUGAGCCCGACAGAUUGCCACCUCCACUGUGUGCACACUCGGCCACCGGACAGAAACAGGGGACAGCCAGGAUGCGGCGCUUCCUCCUCCUGUGCCUGCUGCUCCUCAGCCCUCAGGGUGCCACCCUCCACCGCCACCACUCCCGGGAGAUGAAGAAGAAAAUCAGGGAACUCCGUUUAGGUGCCACGGUGGUUCCCAGCAGCGGGGACUUUGCUUUCAACCUCUACAGGACUUUGGCUUCAGCUGCUCCUGACCAGAACAUCUUCUUCUCCCCUUUGAGCAUCUCCAUGAGCCUCGCCAUGCUCUCCCUGGGGGCUCAGUCCAACACGAAGACGCAGAUCCUGGAGGGCCUGGGCCUCGCGCCCGUGGCGGGUGCAGAGGAGGAACUCCAUAAGGGCUCCCAGCAGCUCCUGCUCGAGCUCAACCAGCCCAGAGACGGCUUCCAGCUGAGCCUCGGCAACGCCCUGUUCACAGACCCCAAGGUGAGCGUUCAGGACGCCUUCCUGAGUGCCGUGAAGACACUGUACCUGGCAGACACUCUCCCCUCCAACUUUGGGGACCCCGCAGGGGCCCAGAAGCAGAUCAACGAUUAUGUGGCAAAGCAAACUAAGGGCAAGAUUGUGGAUUUGAUUAAGAACCUCGAAAGUACGGACAUCAUGGUUAUGGUGAACUACAUUUUCUUUAAAGCUAAGUGGGAGACAAGCUUCAGCCAUGGAAGCACCAAAGAGCAGGACUUCCAUGUGACCCCGGAGACCACGGUGCGUGUGCCCAUGAUGAACCGUGAGGACCAGUAUUACUUCCUCCUGGACCGAAACCUCUCUUGCAAGGUGGUGGGGGUCCCCUACCAAGGCAAUGCCACCGCUCUGUUCAUUCUCCCCAGCGAGGGCAAGAUGGAGCAGGUGGAGAAUGGACUGAAUGAGAAAACGCUGAGGAAGUGGCUUAAGAUGCUCACGAAGAGGAAGCUCGACCUUUACCUUCCCAAGUUCUCCAUCGAGGGCUCCUAUCAGCUGAACAAAGUGCUCCCUGGGCUGGGGAUCAGUGACGUCUUCACCUCCCAUGCUGACCUGUCUGGCAUCACCAGCUUCUCCCAAAUCCACAUGUCAGAGAUGGUGCACAAAGCCGUGGUGGAGGUGGACGAGUCAGGAACCAAAGCUGCCGCAGCCACAGCGGCAAUCUUAGGAUUCAGGUCAGCCCGACUGAGCUCUCAAAUGGUCAAGUUCGACAAGCCCUUUCUGAUGCUCAUUGUGGAGAACAAGAGCAUCCUCUUCUACGGCAAAGUGACCCACCCCUGAGAUGGGGGCUUCUCCUCAAAUCCACAGGCCUCCAUGGCGAGGUGUGCUCUGGCCCAUCUGUCUGCUGAUAGCUAGUACUUCACAUAGGUUUAGUUGACUAAUGUGGCAUCACAAAUAAAAAUAACAUUGAUAUACCGAU